GGGGUCAAGCAAGAUUGUGAUAUGUUGUUGAUGGACUGUGUUGUUCGCGAGAAAGUUUGUUGAGAUCACCACUCACCAUGUCGGUUCUAUUCACCUCCAUCUCGCCGUAUGUACACCACCGAACCACCAUCUAACCUCGGACUUCGCUUGCUGAAAAGACCAAACAGAGAUAACCCAGUCAAAAAGGAAGAUGCAAACCAGCUUCUCCAGAGACUCGGCCUCUCCGUCAGCCCAGAGGAGGAGGACGACUUUCACACGCUCCUGGCCGCCGUGCACGACUGUGCAGAAACGGUCUCCAACCUCCAGGAUUACCAGCCCGUCCCCGAUCUCGAACAAUACCCUCGACAGAACGUUCGAAGACCUUCUUCCGAAGAGCAGGUCUUCGGCCAGGCAUGGGCGCAUAAGUUUUUGAUUAAAGGCAACCCCGAUGGAGGGCUCUUGGCCGGCAAAACCAUCAGUUUGAAAGACACGAUUGCGGUCGCAGGCGUGCCCCAGCUGCUUGGAAGCGAUAUCAUCCCCUCCUGGACCCCUGUCACAGACGCCACGGUGGUGACUCGGGCACUGGCUGCGGGGGCCGAUAUCCAUGGAACGUCGACCUGCGAGAAUUAUUGCCACUCGACCUCGUCGUACACGAGUGCGCAGGGGAUCGUCGAGAACCCUUUUGCCGAGGGUUAUUCGUCGGGUGGGAGCACCUCGGGCGGGGCGGCGUUGGUCGCAGCCGGGCUGGUUGAUAUCACUAUUGGUGGGGAUCAGGGAGGGAGUAUUCGUGUGCCCUCGUCUUUCUGUGGCUGUGUAGGAAUGAAACCGACUUACGGCCUUGUUCCGUACACCGGCAUCGCCAGCGGAGACGCGAUCAACGACCACGCCGGCCCUAUUGCUCGAAGCACGCUAGAUGUCGCCUUGUGUCUGGACGCAAUCAGCGGCUAUGAUGGCAUCGACGACCGAUGCCUGGGCAGCCCACAGCCCGGCUCGACCGCCUACGCGACAGCGCUGCAGACUGAAGAAACCGGGGGGCGACUCGACGGCGUCCGCGUGGGAUAUCUGAAGGAAGGGUUCGAGCACGCUACCGUCGACCCCGCAGUCAAGCAGGCCGUGAUGGACGCCGUGCAAAAGUUCGCAGAGCUGGGCGCGGUCGUCGAGGAAGUGUCGGUGCCGGACCACUACCACGGCCCGGCCAUUUGGACCAUCCAGCAGCGGAUCUCGGGCUCGAUGACGCUGCUGGGCCAGGCGCACGGCCGGCGCGGCCUGCACCUGACCGAGAUGGAGCGCGAGCGGCUCCCCUGGACGCCCGAGGGCUUCCGGCGCGCGUUCCCUAGCACCAAGAACGUGAUCAUCAACGGCCUGUAUCUCACCUCCCAGUUCCCCGAUCUGUACGGCAAGACGGUCAACAUCGGUCGCCGGCUGCGGGACCGCUACGAGGAGGUUUUUCGUGUCUAUGAUGUCGUGGUGAUGCCGACUACGCCGAUUGUCGCCCCCCGCCAUGGCUCGCCGCGCGACCUGCCGGUCGAGGCGCUCCGGCCUAGUAUGGGCCUCACGAUCAAUACCGCGAUUUUCGAUGUCACGGGCCAUCCUGCUAUGUCGAUACCCGUGGGUCGUGCGGCUGCUAAGGAUCAUGGUGAGGUUCAGUUGCCGGUGGGGAUGCAAAUAGUCGGCGGGCUGUGGCAGGAGGCUAAGGUGCUUCGGGUGGGGCAUGCUUGGGAGCAGCAUUUCGAUUGGAAGAGUCAAGGGGAUAAGAGGUGAUGUUGAUGAUACUUUCUAAGGGGGAAAAUCGCAAGUACAGUACAUAUUUCAAGUCAUAUCAUCAUUGGACAUAACAUAACAUUUCAUGACCUCAAUUUCAUCAUAUCACGUACUGUCUACCACGAAUGAAAACCAGUUCAUCAAUCGUUAUUGAGCAUAGCUUCUUAGCUUUUAGCUUUUGAUGAUUCUUAAUUGAUAAUAUACCCUCCAUCCACCACAAGCGCAUGUCCCUGCACGAAGGACGCAAAGCUCGAGCAGAGGAAGAGCACUGCAUCAGCCACCUCCUCGGGCUUGCCCAUCCGCUUCAUGGGCGCAAUUUCCACGGCCGGCCGGAGUCGUUCCCGGACUUCCUCGCUGGAUGUGGUCAUGGGAGUCUCGAUCACGCCGGGACACACGCAGUUGACCCUGAUCCCCUCCCGCGCGUAGUCAAUGGCGUCGGAACGGGUCAUCGCGAUAAUGGCCGCCUUGGAAGCACAGU